CGAGAACCUUCGUCACCUAAGACCUACCUCUUCGUUGCCCUUUAUCCCUAUCUUACGCUGAAAAAACUAAGCCAUCAAUGCCGGCAACAAAACAAUUUCCCACGAAGCUUGUUCAUACUCUCAAAACGCACAAUGGACCGGUAAAUGCUGUGACUUUCUCUAGCUAUCCAGGCACAUAUGUCCUCACCGGUUCCGCUGAUCGCGCCAUUCACCUCUCGCGCGCCAUCCCGAACAACAGCUCUACUACUGGUCACGAGACGACUUCCCCGAUCCAAAAAUAUGAGGCGCACGGGUACUCAGUCCUGGACGUGGCUGUCGCAGCAGACAAUGCGCGAUUUACAAGUGUCGGCGGAGACCGCCAGGUAUUUUUGUGGGACGUCGAACAAGGAAUGACUACACGGCGAUGGGCCGGACAUAACGCUAGGGUCGAGGCCGUACAGUUCGCUGGCGAGGGCGAUUCCGUGGUGGUAUCUGGCAGCGCAGACACAACCAUUAAUCUGUGGGACACCCGGUCCAAAUCGCACAAGCCUAUCCAGACCCUCACCGAGGCCGGCGAUACCGUUUCCUCGCUACACGUACACAUGCCGACGUAUUCUAUCGCAAGUGGAAGCUACGAUGGCCGCGCUCGCAUCUACGAUGUGCGCAUGGGCCGGACAACUGUUGACGUCCUUGCUCACCCCGUGACAAGCGUCCGGUGCUCUGCGGACGGCAAUGCCUUGCUGGUUUCUACACUCGACAGCCGGAUCCGGAUGCUGGACCGGGCAGACGGCAAGCUGCUCAAGGCUUUUGGGGGCGAGGAGGGUCUUGAGCAAAGCACUACCGGUGCGAGCGCGGCGUACCGCAAUAGCGAGCUUAGGAUUCGGUCCGUCUUUGCCAAGGGAGACGCCGUCGUUCUCAGUGGGAGUGAGUCGACGGAAGGCGAUCCGUCGCCACAGGCUCAUGUCUUCGCUUGGGAUGUGCUCAUGAAAGUUGUUAGCUGCGUAGCGUGGAAUGAGAAAGGAGGUUGCUGGGCUGGGGGCUGUUCCGAUGCCUUCAAUGUCCUGCCAUCCGAAUUUACUGAUCCACCGAAGCCAUUCCCCAAGAGCACCAGCUUCAAACGCUGGCCGCACACCAAGCAAAUCAACAGGGCCAGCUGCAAGGUCAACCGGCAGUCCAUCCCCGCGCACAGAAACGCCCAGAACUUCAUGCAAUACAAACCCCUUUCGGACCAGGCAGUCAAACACCCUCAACGUCCACAUUGCAACCCGAGCUACAUGGUCCUGUCAACCUGGCCAGCUGCUGUUGGACUACUGACCCGCUGGCACAUAUCGCUGCAUAGUGCAUAG